CCUACUUUCGUUUUAGAUAGCACGAUAAAUAUUGCGUUUACUUCAGUUAUGUUUGGCAAAAUAUGUAGUAAUAUAUUUGAGUAUAUUUAAAGAAUGUGAAAUGUAAACUUGCUAUUGAUAAUAACUAGGAAGUUUUAAACAGGAUAUGUUUAAAUGCAUGGGUGUGUGUUACCUCAUGCGUUCCUCCGAAUAACCGGAACAAUAUAUGGAAGAUUGUAUUGGAAAUAACGCACAUAUAAAAAUAUUGUAUUUUGCAGCGGACAAUUAUAUGUGAUAGUGAGGUUGACUUAAUAGUAGUUUGCAAAAGCUGGUGGUUAUUUGUUUGACUCGACAAAUGAAAACUUGGAAAUCACCGGGUUUUUCUAUUGACUGAUCAUUAUCAAGGAUGUAUCAAAUUACAUAGCAUGUUAACUCUUAACAUUUGUUGAACUAGAUGCAAUAAUUAAAUGUUGUGAUCGGUAAAAAUAACCACAAAGCUGCAGUCACGAUCUAGACAACAGAUGCAGUGUGUCUGCUGCUUGUCUCCAGUAUGAACACUCUGAGGGGUUCCUCACACUACCUCUGGGAUGUUUCCAAACCCCUCGGUCAGGGGGCCACUAGCAUGGUGUACAAGGGACGUAAUAAGAGUUCUGGGGAGGAGGUAGCAGUGAAGGUGUUCAGUCGUGCUGCACAGAUGAGACCACACGAGGUACAGAUGCGGGAGUUUGACGUGAUGCGCAAGCUGGCUCAUCGUAACAUAGUACCUCUGCUAGAUGCAGAGGAAGAGCAAGGCACGGGUAACAAGGUGAUAGUGAUGCAGCUCACAGAGCAUGGCAGCCUGUUCAAUGUGCUGGAGGAGCCUCAUAACGCCUAUGGCUUGCCUGAGGAGGAGUUUCUUAUUGUGCUGGAGCAUGUCACUUGUGGUGUGAAAUACAUGAGAGAACACGGCAUAAUACACAGAGAUAUCAAACCUGGGAACAUUCUGCGAUAUAUUGGCGAAGAUGGCAGGUCGGUGUACAAGCUGACAGACUUUGGGUCGGCCAAGCAAGUUCAGGACGAGGAGGAGCCAUUCAUGUCUCUGUAUGGAACGGAGGAAUACCUGCAUCCAGAUAUGUACGAGAAAGCCCUAUUACGUGCACCAGAUAAGAAGCAUUUCACCUCGAAAGUGGACUUAUGGAGUUUGGGUGUCACCUUCUUCCAUGUGGCCACUGGAGAACUACCAUUUAAACCAUUCGGUGGGAGGAAUAACAGGGAAAAAAUGUUUGAGAUAACGACCCGGAAGGAGUCCGGAGUUAUCAUGGGAGUUCAGCACAUUGAGAUGGGGCCUAUCCAGUGGAGUAAGGAGCUGCCAGGGUACUGCAGACUCUCCGCUGGGUUAAAGUUGCUCAUAACGCCUGUAUUCGCCCGCCUGUUAGAAUCUAACCCAAAGUACACAUGGAAUUUUGACGACUUUUUUGACCAUGUGGCAAACAUUAUCAAAAAACGUGUGAUACAUGUCUUCUGUCCACAUACAUGGACUUGUCUUAAAGUGUACAUAGAUGCUGAAAAUAACCUCACCAAUCUGCAAGAGUUGAUAGCCAAACAGACGGACAUACAGUCCACCAGUCAGCUGCUGAUCUUUGACGGCCAGCUGCUGAAGGAUUGUGUGCAGCCUUUACUGCCCGUGUGCAAUUAUCCGGAGGGAAUCACUGAAACCAACCCGAUAUUCUGUUUUGACCGAGACUUCAAAGAUACUCCAUUAUUUCCUCCGCCUCCAAUUAGGGAAUUUCCGAAGACUAAAGCAAGUAGUUAUGCGGAGGAUUAUAAAGCCGCUAAGGCUUGCUCGGCUACCGGUUGUUACAUGGAGAAGGAAGUAGAGUGGUACAGCAUUAAACAGGACCUGGUUCGCCGCUCCGUGCAAGUCUACAUACAUGAACUCUAUCAUGAAUGCAGUCACCUUGCGGAUUAUAACAAAUUCAGAAGUAAAAACUGUGAUAAUUUAACGCAGUGGAAGGAGACUUUCCUGCAAAUGUUUCAACAUGAGCUCAGGAUGAUAAAAGUGCUCACUGACACUCAAGACUCUGACAUUGGUGCUUUGUUACGGGAACUUAAUCAGUUUUAUGAAGAAUGUGUUCGCGAUGUGAAUGAGACGUCUAGAAAGAUAACGGAGCUUUCAUACGAGGUUGAGAAUGAACUCAAGCGGUUGCAGGACGAUCACUUGAAUAAAAAGAUUCUAAAAAAGAAGUGGAAUGAUAGCGUUGGGUGCAGCAGCAAGGACAGAUGUGUUCAGAAGGUGCACGUGAUAGUCACCCAGAUUGUCUGUUGCAGUGUUCAGAAGGUACAUGUGAUAGUCACCCAGAUUCUGAAGACCAAGCAGCAGUUUGGAGAGGAUCGGAGAAAAACAGGGGCCACCUUCAACGAUGAGCAGAUACAUAAAUAUGAGAAACACCGGUUGUUUGAAAACUGCAUCAAGAUUGAGUCCCUGUUCUCAGAUCAUUGUCAGACAAAGGCAAAGGAACAGUUCCAACAAUUCCAUGUUUGGUACAGACAAAGCUGGGAGAUACGCUACAAGAGUGAGCAGAUAGAGAAGCUUCUGCUGAAGCUGGCAGAACUGCUGGAAAACUUUGUUAGAAGCCUAAGUCAGAUGUGCCUGAAGUAUAAGGGUGACUUCGAGCGCUGUAUCACAAGAAUAGAAGCCAGUCUGACUCGACAGGAGAGACACCAACAUCCACCCAGUCCACUCAUGCAGCGGUCCGUCUCAGAGAUCAUGAUGGGAUCAGCUGGCUCACGGGACGAACUCAAGAGGAUGCGUAACAUUUUGAUCAGGAGCGUCUUACAAGGGCUGCAUGACAAUCAGAAGGUAGCGGGGGAUCUGCAGCAGGAGCUCCACAGCCAGAGUGAAGACCUCUCCCAACUCUUCAGUUCAUUGUGAUGAUGGCCUUGUAGAUGUAGUUAAUCUGUGAUAAUUAAACAGCACCGAGGAUGUGCUUUAAUUCUUCCGAUAUCAAAACUGAUGACUGAAACAUUAAUUGAGCUGUGAUAGCAAAUCAUCUGAAUGGAACGGUGGGUAUAGGUGAAGAAAAGUGUAACCACAAGUAUAUGAAGAAUAAGAAUGAAGUUGUGGAAACAGUAGAGAGUGGAUUGUGGCUUAACAUGUUACAGUGUGGGCUAUAGAACAUAUGACCGACUACUGGGGACUGGAUAGACGAUGUUAAUGUUGAUCUUACUGUGGGACUUAAAAGAACUCCAUUAAGUAAUAGCAGGUUGACUGCACAAUUUUCCGAUUUUGCCUGCUCAACAAAUGGUUCUUUGGGAAGCAAAUUUGAACCUUUUAGGCUUGGUUAUAUGGUUCUGAACUGCCAAUUACAGAUGUAAUGUUUCUUCAUAGGAAUUGGUGGAUUUUUUUUAAUGAUAAUUUUAAUUUAUUGUCAGUUAAUUUAUCGCAGUCGUCAUUAACAUUGUUAUCAACUUAGAGACCAUAGUCUAGUCCCAAAGACUGAAGGGCGGUUAUGUAUACAGAACCUCCUUUAAAUUUGUUAAAAUCAUUGUGGUCUUUUUGAUAUGUUACUCACCAAAGCUAAAAAUUCAUUUUUAUGUGUUACUCACCAAAAUCCUCACUGGUCAGGGUUUUAAUAUUCGCUGUGUAAAAUUGUCCAGUGGUCCACUACUAAAUUUGUUCAAAUCAUGCCCCUGGGUGUAAAAAUUGCCAAGCCCCAGAGAUAACAUGGUUUAUUAUUAACUUAUAUACCAAAAUAACUUUAAAACAUACUAUUCUAAAACUACAUGACGCAAAGGUUUGGUAUUUGCCAUGUGACAUUUCAUGGUGGACUAGCCCUCCCUUGGGGUUACUUGUUUCCUUGAUAUUUUAUGUUGUGAAAACUUUAUAACCUUCUGCUCUAAAACUGCAAGGCAGAGUUUUAGUUAGUUUGUAACAACAUGCAAUGUUCUUUUAUCAAUUUUGAUCAGAUGAUGCCCCUGGGGUCGACAUUGACUCCAGUUUGGGUGUUCUUUAUAUGUAUAUAUAGUAAAAAGUGUAUCUUUCUAUGUAUCUCUCUAUCUCUGGAGUGGGGGGCAUAAGGCAUUUCAUUUGUCUGUCCGUCAGUCUGUGCGUAUGUGCAUUUUGAAGCUUGUGUUUUGAGCUACUCUUUAAUACUGGGUGGAUCUCGCUCAAACAUUCAUAGUUGAAUGACUUUAUGUUUGCAGUUGACACCAACUUUAUUGUUAAAGCGAAUUUUAGCUAACUCUAUGAAGUAGUAUAAAUGAACAUGUACAGUUUGAUAUAGCAUUAAGUUUUCUGUUCCUCCUUUUCAUCUUUAAAAACCGUUUCCUAAUGCCUUCUGAGACAUAUCUGAAUAAAUCCUCUUCACCCAUCCGCCUACGGCAAUCUUACAACGAACUGACUUACUAGUAUUGACAACAGUUUUGCCCAAAUACUUUUUAUGUCACCACAGCAAUCUGUACAUUUCAUUUUGUGGUUUGCCAGUUGCAUUUACAUUGUGAAAAGCAUACAACUCCAGUUACACGUUUUUAAAUAAGAAAAUGUAAUAACCAUGUAUAAUUGUAUGCUAUCAAACAAUAUCAACUUUCAACAUUAAGAAAUAUUUCAAUUCUGGUUUGGAAUUUAACUUAUUAAGUGAAAUAGGAGCCUAAUACACACGUUGUUGUAUCAAAAGAAUAACAAGUGGGCCCUAAGGCGCUCACUUGAGACCCAAAGGAACUAAACUAUUCUGAGGUUUACUGAAUUAUAAAUGAAGAUUAAAGGUAGUAUUAAAUUAAACAUGAGGCACAUUAUAUUGACAAACUUCUGAUUAAUAAAAAUAUUUCCAACACAGAAUGUGUAUGUACAUAUUUAAACCUCAGAUUAAAUUAUAACUUACCUAGACAGUAGCUGGUUGUAUCUCCUUUUAACGGACUCGGACUUGGCCGAUAUAUCAUAAGGCCAAAUUUUCUAAACAAUUUUAAUGAAAUUAGACUGUACAUGAGACUAUAGAGUGUUAACAUGGCUGAACAAAAGCCACAUAAGAAGAACUGCCCUUAGACAGCCAUGUUUUUCAAUAGACCGGAACCUCUUUCAAACUCACCUGUUUUUAGAACAAAUUUUGCCCCAUUGGUGCAAAGAGGUACCAUGUGCCUCUAAUUGCAAUGUCACAUGGUACCUUUUUGCACCAAGGGGGAGAAAUGAGCCUCUUUCUGGGAAAACUGGGCUUAAUGCAUGUAGUGUUGUCCCAGAUAAGCCUGUGCAGUACGCAUAUAUAAGUAUAGUAGUAUUGAUACUGUAUUGUGUAUUUAAGACUUGAUUAAAUUUUAUUAUGAUGAUUUCAUAUAAAUGCAAAUACAUGUAUAUGUAAAAGGAA